GCAACCUGCCCAAGCAUGCGGCACAGCCCCUGAAUCAGCACUUGAGCUGAAGCAGAUCGGUCAUUGUCCCAGCAUCUCACAUCUUACCCAGGUCACGAUGGUGCCAUUGGGGCACUUAGCCAAAGGGGCCACUUUGGAAGAUCUUCUUGAAACCUGCAUUCAGUCUUUUGAUUUAGAAGGAAAUGCAUAUCAAAACAACCAUCUGCUAAAGAUAAUUCUCGCUAUGCAUCAGUUUAUCAUCUCCUCUGCAGACAUGCUCCAGAAGGUCAUUGAUCUCUAUCUGAAUGCUUUAGAAAGUAAAUCUUCCAUGCUGUGUGUAAAGAUAUGCUAUUUUGUGAGGUAUUGGAUUACAGAGUUCUGGGUUAUGUUCAAAAUGGACUCUAAGCUAUCCACAACUAUGGAGGAAUUUCAAGAACUAGUUAAAGCUAAUGGUGAGGAGUUACACUGUCGUCUAAUUGACACAACUCAAAUAAAUUCUAGGGAUUGGUCUAGAAAACUGACACAGCGGGUAAAGACCAACACCAGUAAGAAACGGAAAGUCUCACUUCUUUUCGAUCACCUUGAGCCAGAGGAGCUAUCAGACCACCUUACCUAUCUUGAAUUUAAGUCUUUCAGAAGAAUAUCAUUCUCAGAUUAUCAGAACUACAUUGUGAAUAGUUGCGUGAAGGAAAAUCCAACAAUGGAAAGAUCAAUUGCUCUUUGCAAUGGUAUCUCUCAGUGGGUGCAGCUAAUGGUUCUCAGCAGACCAACACCACAGCUUCGGGCUGAAGUGUUCAUCAAGUUCAUUCAUGUUGCACAGAAGCUCCACCAGCUGCAGAACUUCAAUACAUUGAUGGCAGUGAUAGGAGGUCUCUGUCACAGUUCAAUUUCCAGACUCAAGGAAACAAGCUCAUGUGUUCCUCAUGAUGUAAUUAAG